AGGGCCUCUGUUGGCCAGGGCCAAUGGCAGCCGCAGUCGCAGCAGCAGUCGCAGCAGCGGCCCGCGGCCAGCCACGCCAUCAUCGUGUCCAACCCUGACGGCACCGUGUUCCGGGUGCCGCGCCCCAACCCGUCCCCGGGCCCGGCCCCGGCCUUGGUGCCCCCGCCCCUGGCCCCGCGCCGGUUCCCGGCCCCGCCCGCCUUCAACCUCAACGAGUGCUGGUCACAGCGCCCUGACCCCGCCUCCCCGGCCCUUAGGGCCGCCCCCGCCAAGUUCACCUUCAUCCCUUGCGUGACGACGCUGGACUGGACUCCGCCCAGACGCGUCGUCCCACCUCCCCUCUCCCUGCCGCUGCGCCCACCGUCACCACCGUCACCACCCCCUCGGUCGCCGCCCUCCACUCCCCUGGACGCCCUCAACAACAACCUGCCGUCCACGGCCACCACCACCACCACCACCACCACCACUACAACUACCCCCAGCGGCGGCAACAUCAACAACAUCCUCUACAACAACAAUCACAACAACGACCGCAACAACAACAGCAACUACAAUAAUAAUAGUAAUAAUAAUAACAACAUCAACAACAUCAACAACAACAAUAACAACAACGCGACCGCAGCCACGUCGCCGACCUCCGCGAGGACGCCGGCCUCCGCGAAGACAUCAACCUCCGUGAGGACGCCGACCUCCGCGAAGACACCGACCUCCUCGAGGACCCCGGCAUCCGCGAAAACGUCGACUUCCGCGAAGACGCCGACCUCCGCGAAAACGUCGACAUCCGCGAAGACGCCGACCUCCGCGAAGUCGCCGACCUCCGGGAAGUCGCCGACCUCCGGGAAGGCGCCGAACUCCGCGAAAUCGCCGACCUCCGCGAAGUCACCGAACUCCACAAAGGUGGCGACCUCCGGAAAGGCGACGACCUCCGCGAGGACGUCGACUUCCGCGAAGACUCCAGCCUCUGCAAGGACGCCGACCUCCACCAAAACGCCGACCUCUGCGACGACGCCGACCUCCACGACAACGCCGACUUCCGCGUCGACGCCAACCUCCGCGACAACGCCGACCUCCGCGACGACGCCGACCUCCGCGACAACACCGACUUCCGCGACGACGCCGACCUCCGCGGCGGCGAAGCCGUUGCCAGCGGCCGCGGCACCAGCGCGGAAAAGCGUCAAGCGCGGCCUGCGCAGCCUGCUGAGCCCCACGUCGUCCGGCCCCAUGCCGUUCGCAUACACGCGCACCUUCGAGGUGAACGCCGACGUCGACCUGCCGUUCAACGACAACUACCUCUGGGGCGCCAACAACAACGGCGCGGAGUCGGAGUACGUCCUGACGGUGCACGGCUGGAAGCCGCGCGGGCAGCAGCCGCAGGGCGCCGUGGUGCUAAGCCCCGGUGAGUACCCGUACAGGUUCCCGUCGCGCUCACACCGCAACAGCGACGCCAACGAGGACUCGCUGGCGCGGCCGCUGUUGACGCGCACGCGCUCCGGCAGCGCGGGCAGCACGGACCCGUCGCCCACGGCCACGACCCCGCCCACCAACACCAUGAACACCAUGACGGCGGUGACGGCCUCCAUCGCGCCGCCGCCCGCCGCGCAGCGCAUCGGGCACCGGCGCCUCAACUCCACGUCCAGCUCGCGCACCGACUGGCAGCUGCUCAGCGGCGUCAACCCGUUCGGCGGCCCCGUCAGCCCCAUGAACCCCAUGGGGCCCUGGGACUGCACUUCCCAGACGCGGCCCCUGCUCGUCCUGGUCAAAGGGAACAGCCCCAGCCACGCCAUGGGGCCAGGCAUGCCGGCUGGCAUAGCUCACCCCGGCCCCGUCGGCUACCAGUGCUACCCUUGA